AUGAAUAGUUCAAAUAUUAGCAGCGAAACAGGGUACUACUAUGCCCCCGAAGUUGCCAGAAAUCUUCGCAAAGCAUUCAGAGAGGCGUGGGAAAAAGAAGUCACACACAGAAAGGAGUGUGAAGAUCCUAUCGACCAUCAGGACAUGUACGUCUUUCUCCUCAUUCCAGCAGUUCUGAUCAUAACGUUUUUAUUCGUCUCAAAAUUGGAGGUUGUCGGUCGUGUUUUACAUGGAAAAAGUGUCUCGAGAAAGCCUAAAGAUACCUUCGGAUCAGACCGGUUUUCCUUUGCCGCAAUAUUCGGUGCCUUAACGUUCCUUUGUUUUGAGAUUGCUGUCAAACGACGAUACGUUGUACGACGUGCCAAUGACGGUCCCCUGAACGUCCAAAUUCUAGGUGCUGUUGUUUCCAUCAUUGUAUACACGCUGGAUUACUUCCCCUUGUUGACUGCUCUGGCAGACAAGACGGUGAUAGGAGACAUGGUGGGGACACUUUAUAUUUGGACGAUGACAUCACUGUUCAUUAUUCAGAGACUUGGUUGUUACGGUGAAGAGGGGAGGCGACUGGUAUUAUUCAUACAAAACAUUCCCAUCUUCAUGUGCCUCGUUUUCCUGGCUGUUAGCUUUCCAGCAAGGUUGAUCUUGUCUGUCCGUAAAAUUUUAAAGAAGGUGGACGGUACGUACGAAGAAUUUUCUGCGCAGGAAACAGAUAGCAUAAGGCAAACUCCGCAGGGGAGAUACGUCCAGAGUCUGCUUAAGAAAAGACCCAAAGAAACACUGAAAAACAAGGUGGCUAGCGAUGCAGACAAUUCUUUUGGACACAGACUGAAGGAACUUAUGAUGGAAAUAAGAACCAAAGUGACAUACAAAAAUAUUCCAGAAUUUCGGUAUUCUCUGCGAAUGAUGGGGGUGGUAGUAAUUGGGGUGCUUCUUAUUUACAUGAUAUCUGCGGAAGUUCUUCUUGGACUGAUUCCGCUACUCUCCUAUAUAAAAUCCCUAAUUUUGAGGAAAAUCUCGAGGGUGGAAGGUUUCUCAGAAGAACACGGUAUCAAUACCAACUUUACAAUCACAGUGCUCAGUGUGACAAGGGACGUAACCGUCGCUAUACAAGUUUGUGCUAUCCUGUCUUCGUUUCUGGUAUUCUGUAUUGGUCUAAUGAAUAUCAUUCACACACUUAUUUCAUACAGGCAAUAUCUGAUGGAAUUAUACCGCGGAGACAGCUCACACAUCCCAAAACGGGAAAACCAAAACAAUACGGACAUCCUGGUGGGAAGCAUGCAGUUUGCGGGAUACCAGAUAGGAUUUGUAAUCUUUGCUUAUGCCGUGCAGAUUGUGAUUUUGUUUUUCUCAUCAUUCGGAAUAUCCCUGGUCUUCAUCGUAAUAAAGUACAAUCGUGAAAAACCGAUUCGCAAAGUUGUGGAAAUGAUGUGGCCUAUGGUUGUUUUCUCAGUUCUGGUGCGACUUCUUCAGAUCAUUACUGCAAAGUUUGUUUUCCUUCAGGAUAAAGGGAGGGUGAUGGCGAUUAGAUAUCGGCGGAGUUACCUUGUGUUCCUGUAUUUUACUUUCAUUUUGGAUAUUAUAAUCGGUACAAUGCGCUGUCCGUACCGCCUUGUCAAAGCAAUAAUUCUUGGAUCGUUGACUUUGUCAAGAUUGGAUCAUAGCGCCCUCUCCCGGGAGUUCGAAACUUUGGAUACUGGUUUCCGCGCCUAUGUGGGAUUUCUGCACUUUGAGAAUAUGACGUCACAUCCAGUUUUAUUGACAUUUGUCCGUCUGUUGCUAGCAAGACCUGGAGGAUUCGAACCACCUAAAAAAUUAAAAGCCAGCGUUAAAGCGUCUGUGUCACAUGGAGAGGUCAUAAUAUCUGAAUUAGGGAACGCUUUCUGGAAGGAUAAUCAACUGACAAAGAAAGCCAGGGCAAAACAUCGCUGGCAUCUGUUGUACACUCUACAUAAAAAUCCCCAGCUUCAGUUUCUAAGAAGAAACUCGUUUGACUGGUUGGAGGAUUAAAUAAAUGCACAUUAUUGUCUCGAGACUGAAAACUAUAGACCUUGUGGAUAUUUCCAUCAUGUGUUUGUUACUUU